CGUUGGGUCCGGGCGGGAGCCCCCACGGCGGCAGGCAGUAUGUCGGUGGCGGGGCUGAAGAAACAGUUCUACAAGGCGAGCCAGCUGGUCAGUGAGAAGGUCGGAGGGGCCGAAGGGACCAAGCUUGAUGAAGACUUCAAAGAGAUGGAGAAGAAGGUGGAUGUUACCAGCAAGGCUGUGACAGAAGUGCUGGCCAGAACCAUUGAGUACCUGCAGCCCAACCCAGCUUCACGGGCCAAGCUCACGAUGCUCAACACGGUGUCCAAGAUCCGAGGGCAGGUGAAGAACCCUGGCUACCCACAGUCAGAGGGCCUGCUGGGCGAGUGCAUGAUCCGCCACGGGAAGGAGCUCGGUGGCGAGUCCAACUUCGGGGAUGCCCUGCUGGACGCGGGGGAGUCCAUGAAGCGCCUGGCAGAGGUGAAGGAUUCUCUGGACAUAGAGGUCAAGCAGAACUUCAUCGACCCCCUACAGAACUUGUGUGACAAAGACCUAAAGGAGAUCCAGCACCACCUGAAAAAGCUGGAGGGCCGCCGCCUGGACUUCGACUACAAGAAGAAGCGACAGGGUAGGAUCCCCGACGAAGAGCUGCGCCAGGCCCUGGAGAAGUUUGAGGAGUCCAAGGAGGUGGCCGAGACCAGCAUGCACAACCUCCUGGAGACCGAUAUCGAGCAGGUGAGCCAGCUCUCCGCGCUGGUGGACGCCCAGCUGGACUACCACCGGCAGGCCGUGCAGAUCCUGGACGAGCUGGCUGACAAGCUCAAGCGAAGGAUGCGGGAAGCCUCCUCUCGUCCCAAGCGGGAAUACAAGCCCAAGCCUCGGGAGUCCUUCGACCUUGGGGAGCCUGAGCAGUCCAAUGGGGGCUUCCCCUGUGCCACAGCCCCCAAGAUCACACCUUCAUCAUCUUUCCGGUCUUCCGACAAGCCCAUCCGGACCCCUAGCAGGAGCAUGCCACCCCUGGACCAGCCGAGCUGCAAAGCGCUGUACGACUUCGAGCCUGAGAACGCCGGGGAGCUGGGCUUCCACGAGGGCGACGUCAUCACGCUGACCAACCAGAUCGAUGAGAACUGGUACGAGGGCAUGCUCCACGGCCAGUCGGGCUUCUUCCCCCUCAGCUACGUGGAGGUGCUGGUGCCCCUGCCGCAGUGAGGGCGUCAGCCCCGUCCACACGGCCUGCAUCCCGCCUGCGUCUGUGGCACUCCUGGGGCUAGGGGCAGAGUGGGGAGGCAAGCCGCCCCC